AUGGCCAACAUCAAUGCAGUCGCAGUUCCCCAAUUUGCCCAUGAUUUCCCUCGGGCAUUUAACGCGGAUGACGUCAUGGAGAAUGGAUCUGUGAAUCCGGUGUCUGUCAAUAGGUUUAUGACCAUCGCACCAGCUUUUCAGCAUUCAAUCACGAUACCAUGGGAUAUGGGUCUUCCGCCAUUGCAAUUCCCUCGUCUCGCCCACUGUCGGCAGACUAGUACCAGUACUCAAAGCCGUACCGAGAUCGUCCAAGCAGUCCAAAAGCUCUCGCAGUCGACAUUUAGCCUGAAUAGGGUGCUUGUAUCCACUGAAUUAUGGGGAAAUCUUCAAGCAUAUGCUCUACGUGAGACGGUGCAUGGGAAGAGUACCUUAGGCUACAAUCCCAAUCAAGCAGACCCCGCAACCGUCAAUCACGUAAGGGCGCUCCAGUGGAUGCACUACACGAUGCUGCUGCAUGAAACAUCCGUAGGGAAGAAAGAAAUCAUUGUCCACUGUGAGCCAGACAUUCAAAGUGUCAUCUUCAAAUACAUGGUGCAACCCGUAAUGUUUCAGCUACGAGUAAGUUUUGAGCUUUUCUCGUUGAGGAAUGAAGUACUGACUAACAACUUUAAAUCAUCUUCAUUGGUUCAGAUACGAUACCCAGUCGAUCAAGAACUUACUCCUGAAACGUAUGAAGACCCUGAUGGGGGAAAAUGUGACGCACAAAAGCAGUUUCCCUUUUGGGGAACCUGUGGCACAAAGAAGGAUCAACGGGUUCAUCCCGCAGAAAUAACUGUCGUUCUGGACAAGAAUAAAACAGGAAAUGUCCUCGCCGACUUCCUUCUCCGCUCGGGGCCCUCCGUGAAUGCUCGUCAUGGGGCCGUAAUUGAGGUGAAGACUUGGUGGUCUUAUGCCACUGAGUUUUUCAUGGAGAUCUUUCGAAGUUCUGCUCUUAUCGCGCAACAGACGGGCGUUAUUAACUGGGGUAUGAACACAAUCAGCAGCAAGAUAAUAAAGCAAAUUUGGGGACAGCUGGUUUACCUCGGGUGCAGGUGGGGGGCCAUUACGAAUGGAGAUAUAAUCAUGGUCUACACCAUGACCAACAGCGACGAAUUAACUAUAUCGACCCCCAAGAAGCUUAAUAGACCGGAUCUUAUUCCAGCAAUAACGGGGUUGUCUUUCGCGGGAGUUGACUCUGCCAAGUACGCGGCAACCUCCACGGAAAUAUUUGCCUUGUCCAACGCCUUAUGUGGAGCGAAGAAACCCGCGUCUGACGUUACAGAGGCCGAACUCUCCGCGUAA